AUGACAAAAAAGAAGUCGAAGCAGAAAGGGAAGGUCGAGAAGCUUACUAAAGCACUACAAGGGUUUACUAUAUCAGAACCCGGAACCAGUCAAUCUUCAUCAACAACUUCGACUGCACCAUCUUCAUCACACAAGAAACGAGGAUCACAAACAGCAACAGCAUCGGCACCGGCAACACAAUCAACAUCAAAGGCAGCAGCAGCACCGGUACCAGCAUCACCGGCAACACCAUCAACAUUAACAGCAUCGGUAUCAGCAUCUCCAGCAAUACCAUCAACAUCAAAGGCAGCAGCAUCGACAACGUCACCGACCACACCAUCAACAUCGAAAACAUCGGUACCAACAUCUCCGGCAACACCGCCUACACCAUCAACAUUAACAGCAUCGAUACCGGAAUCACCAGGAACCCCAUCAACAUCAACAGCAUCGAUACCAGCAUCACCGGUAACUCCAUCCGAACCAAUGGCACCACCUUCAGCAUCGCCGGGAACGCCUUUCACAUCAAAAGAAGAAGCACUAGCACUGGCAUUGGCAUCACCGGCAACACCAUCGACAUCAAAGGCACCGGAAAAAACGUCACCAGCAACACCAUCGACAUCAAAGGCACCGGCAAAAGCAUCACCAGCAACACCAUCGUCAUCAAAGGCACCAGCAAAAGCAUCACCAGCAACACCAUCGACAUCAAAGGUACCGGCAAAAGCAUCACCAGCAACACCAUCAACAUCAAAGACACCGGCAAAAGCAUCACCAGCAACACCAUCGACAUCAAAAGCAUCGGCAGCAUCACCGGCAACCCCAUCGACAUCAAAGGCACCAGCAAAAUCAUCACCAGCAACACCAUCGACAUCAAAGGCAUCGGCCAAAGCAUCACCAGCAACACCAUCGACAUCAAAGGCAUCGGCCAAAGCAUUACCAGCAACACCAUCGACAUCAAAGGCAUCGGCCAAAGCAUUACCAGCAACACCAUCGACAUCAAAGGCAUCAGCCAAAGCAUUACCAGCAACACCAUCGUCAUCAAAAGCACCGGUAGCAUCACCGGCAACCCCAUCAACGUCAAAAGCCACAGCAGCCUCAACUUCAGCAGCCGCAGCAGCAGUAUCACCAACAUCAUCAGCACCACAAUCAGGUGAAACUAUUUUAGAUACAAACAUAAACCCAGAAGUGCUCGCAAAAUGGCCAAAAGUGAAGAAUAAAGUACCACCUGUCUUCCUGCAUAAACCAGUUGACUUUGAACCACAUGUAAAAAAAGUUUUAAACAUGGGAAUUAAAUUCUAUCAACCGAACCUCGGUAAAAACUACACCAAAAUACUUUGUCAAAGCUUUAAUGACCACAAACACUUGACAAAAUAUUUCGACAAAAAACAAUUACCUUACCACACAUUUGGGCAUCCUUCUAAAAGGAAAAUGAAAGUUGUCAUCAGGGGGCUGCCAAAGGAAAUAGAUUUGUACAAAGUCAAACAUACAUUGAAAUCUGUUUCUCUUCCUGUCAUAAGAGUGCAUAAAAUGAAUACCAAAGAAGAUAGAAAGGAUAAUACAAUAUUAGUUUUGGCAGUUGUACCUUACGAUGAAAGCGGGAAAGUAAUUUUGAAAUUGUCUAAGCUGUUAGGACAUAAGGUGACAUUGGAGCCUCCAAACACGAAACCAAAGCAAUGUCAUCGCUGUCAAAAGUGGGGUCACUCUCAAAGGUAUUGCCAUGGGCAAAUUAAAUGUGUGAAAUGUGCAGGAGAACAUUUGUCCAAGAAAUGUGAGAGGGAUCCAGAGAAAGAGCCACCUAAAUGUGCGAAUUGUAAUGAGGAACACACUGCUAGUUAUAGAGACUGUCUUUUUACCCCGGGGUCAGCAGGCUAUGAACUGCUGCAGGAAAUCAAAAUACACAAACCUUGUUACAAGCCACUUGUACUUGUGACUCUAGAUAAUUAUGAAACAUUGUACAAAAAUGUUGAAUAUGGGAAAACGCCAGCCAAAAAAUAA